UGUAGAUAGAUAGACAUUCAAAGAAAUCAAGGCCAAACUGAGUCACGUGAUUAAUUUUAUCUGUUCUAACAUAAUCAUAAAUUUCCAUGAGUUGAGAUUGAACGUUUACGUUGAUAUUCAAGUAACAAGUUCAAGUUAGCUGCACUUCUUGGAUUUGAAAUGGCUCCUUCUUAUAAAGUAACUUACUUCAAUAUAACUGCUCUUGGUGAACCAAUCAGGUUUUUGCUCAGUUAUGGGGGUAUAGAAUUUGAAGAUUGCAGGGUAGAAAUGGAACAAUGGCCACAAAUCAAACCAAACAUGCCCUUUGGCCAACUUCCUAUUCUGGAACACAAUGGAAAAAAGAUACCUCAAAGUUUAGCCAUUUGUAGAUAUCUGGCUAAGCAGGUAAAAUUGGCUGGAAACGAUGACUGGGAAAAUUUAGAAAUUGAUUCUAUUGUUGAAACCAUAAAUGAUUUACGUCAGUGUAUUGGUAAAUAUCAUUAUGAGUCAGACGAAAAAGUGAAAGAGAGAGAGCGGGCUAUUCUCUUCAAUGAAAAAAUGCCAUUCCUAUUAGACCGACUGGAAAAUGUAGCAAAAGAUAACAAUGGACAUUUUGCUUUGGGACGUCUCACCUGGGCAGAUUUGUACUUUGUAUCUCUGCUAGAGUACAUAAAUUUCAUGCUCAAAAAAGAUCUCAUUGAAAAUCGUCCAAAUUUGAUUGCAGUGAAAAACAACGUCUUGAAUGUGCCUGCUAUAAAGGAAUGGAUAGAAAAGCGUCCAAAAACCAAUAUGUAAUAUGUGUUAUUUCAGCAUGUAAUAUUCUUAUUUGUUUGAUGAAUUUGUUAUUGAACUGCAUCAAAGUCUUUGUCAACAUUGGAGUAUAAUAAUAUCUUUUUUCUGUUCUUAUCUUA